ACCAUCCCCCUCUCCGCCGGUAUCCAGUUGCUCGCCCUUCAAGGCAGCCGCUCCCUCUCCGACACUGUCCAGUCACUUGCCCUCAUCCUUCAUAAUUUUUUCCGCCGUCGUCCGCCUUCCCACCAACACUUUCGAUUUGAUUUCCCAAAACACCCGAAUUCCAACACCACUCUACAUCUGAAAUUCCCGAAAUCCAACCGUAGUCGCCGGGGCUCCUUUCUCCUGAAUUCCAGGCCCGAAGGUUUACCACGGCUAUAGAUUCCUCCGACGAACAGAGCAUAGGGAAGGAUUACUGGGGUUUGUUUUCUUCUCCGUUUGGUUUUGUAAGUAAAAAAAAAAAGUAUGUUUCGGACUGCAAUAAGGUGUUUCGCGACGAAGCCAAAGCCGAAAAUGAAACCGAUAGAGCUUAAAACUCCACCGGAGCAAACCCAGACGAUCACUAGAGCCAUCUUCGACAUUGUUAAGGAGCACGGUCCGCUAACCAUAGCCGAAACUUGGGACCGCGUUCAGGAAGUUGGUUUGAGAGGAUUAACAAGCAAAAGGCAUAUGAAAAUAGUGAUGAGAUGGAUGAGGGAACGACAGAAGAUAAGAUUAAUGUGCAAUCACGUAGGACCUCAUAAGCAGUUUCUUUAUACCACCUGGUUCACAAAACCCAACUUUGAACAGGCAAAGCAAUUGCAGCGCAAUGUUUCACAACCCAAAAGCCCUUGAAUGCCUACAGGUUACCUGUAAAGAAGCUUUGUUUUCUUGUUUCUUUGUUUCUUUUUCAUGGAAGUUCGUUCUUUAGUUUUUCCACAAACGAGAAGUAUAUAGAACGAAUGACCAUAGACAAGGAUUUAAACACCGACCUUGUAUAAUGUUAAUAAUAGAUUGUAUUGAGGGUCGUUGGUCAGUUAA